AUGGGCUGGCUAUGGACCUCGAAUUCAACGCCCGCAGCGGCGGCGUCGCCAGCACCCCAAGACGUUCCCCCCACGAAUCCCUCCUCACAAACACCUCCCAUACAACCGCCACAACCGCCGCAACCGAAGUCGCAGUCCCCCGACGACGCCGAGCUCCAAAAGCUCAUGGACUUUUUCAAAGCCGAAGAAGCCGCCGCCGCAGCCUCCCCUUCCUCCUCCUCUCAGCCCCCCAAGCCGUCACCGCUCCCCGAGUGGCUCGCCAAGAUGGUCACCCCGAAAGACAACCCGCUCUACCGCGAGCCCGACGCCCCGCGGCGCGACCCGCUGUCCGAGUCGCUCCUCCCGACCGACAUGUCCUGCCGCCAGGCCUUCGACGCCGCCUGGGCCUGCAACUCGGUCGGCGGCCAGUGGAACGCCGUCUACCGCUACGGCGAGAUGCGCGCCUGCUCCGAGAAGUGGGACGACUUCUGGUUCUGCAUGCGCCACCGCGCCGCCUCCGGCCCCGUCAAGGAGGAGCUCGUCCGCGCGCACUACCGGAACAGGGAGCACGCAAAGUACUACGCGCCGGGGAAGGCCAACAGCGAGGACGUGUGGGAGGCGCGGAGGGAAAAGGUCCGACCGGGCGAGGCCUUUGCGGAGAGCAUUGACUUGCCGGUCGUGGCGGACGAGGAGUGGCGCGAGAUGGAGACGGAGCGCAGACAAAAGAUUCGUGACGGGCUGGGCUUUGGCAAGACGGAUCGGUGA